AUGGUCUCCUCACUUGAAAAACGCAUCAUGCUCACCAAGCUUGCUUCCAAAUGUACCAGUCCACGGAGCUGUAGGCUCUGCCACGGUCCAUUGACCUUGCCCAACCCCAACGCCCCUCCUACGCGAGCCGAAUCAAUUAUCGGUCAGGUUGACUGCCAUCCCUCUUGUCUCCCAUUCGCUUGCACUGGAUGCGUGCAGAAAGAUCGCCAGUCGUACGGUCUCUGCAACAUUGCCUCUUCCGACUCACGCUGCACCCUUUGCUCUGAAGAGGCUGAAGACGGCUGGAAUGGCCGAUUAACCACGACCAUGUCAAGGAACGCCUCUCCCCCUGCUUCGCCGACAUCCUCUGCGUCGUCUUCCGAUGGCGGCCUGGGACUGUACUAG